AUUCAUAUUUUUCUCAUUUCUUUUCUCUAGGGCUGAGAUGGAUGUACUAGAGUCUAGCUUAAAGUUUGGGCUGAUGCUUGAAGCUUAUCUAAGAGGGAGUGUGAAUCACAUACCAGAACUGAGACAGCAGAUGGACGGGAUCGGGAAAAUGAGAAGCAUAUCAGAACUGCUUCACUCGAAAGGACUGAAAGACAGGGAUAAGAAGGAAAAGGCUAGGGAUACGAUGCAGCAAGUGUUGGCACAACAAAGCUACAAACAAGUCCUCAAUAACUGUGUAUCCACACUGGAUCCUAAACUCACCUUAGGAGGAUUAAAGGAUCGUGAGUGUCGUUUCUAUGACUCCAAGAUGAGGCCACUACUCAUGGUCUAUGAGAAUCCAGACCCCUCUGCUUUCCCUGGGGACAUCAGAGUCAUAUUCAAAAAUGGAGAUGAUCUUCGUCAAGACAUGUUAACGUUACAGAUUAUUGGUAUAAUGGACAACAUAUGGCAACAAGAGGGAGUUGAUCUCAGGUUAUUACCUUAUGGUUGUAUAUCAACUGGGGCACGUGUUGGUUUCAUACAGUGUGUCACACAGGCUGAGACUAUUGCUAAUAUACAGAAGAUGCUCAAAUCAACAAGGAGCAUGUUAACACUCUGGGACAGCACCUUAUUGCACCAGUGGCUGAAGGAUAAGAGCCCAACUGAGCAACAUCUAAAGACAGCAGCUGAAGCUUUCUGUGUAUCCUGUGCUGGUUAUUGUGUGGCUACAUACGUAUUGGGUAUUGGUGACAGACACUCUGACAAUAUAAUGAUCAAGGAGAGCGGGCAACUCUUCCAUGUUGACUUUGGACACUUUUUAGGAAACUUUAAGGUUAAGUUUGGAAUGAGACGAGAGCGUGUCCCGUUUGUCCUCGCCAGUGACUUUGAGCACAUCAUUGACAAAUACUUUGGAUUCAACCAUUUUGCUAAUCUCUGUGAAGAAGCCUAUCUCAUAUUAAGAAGACGGGCCCCAUUACUCAUCAACCUGAUGGCCAUGAUGAUCCAGACUGGUAUACCCGAGCUACGCUCCAUGAAUGACCUCAACUACGUGAGAGAGGCUUUAGUUCUCGGUGAGAGUGAAGCUGUUGCUAAAGAACAUUUCCGUGGGAAGUUACAAGAAGCAAGACGAAAUGCCUGGUCAACCAGUUUGAACUGGUAUGUACACGGACUUUCGAAAGACAACAGGCAAUAGAAGAGUCCUACCAUGUGGUGCACUCUUAGGUUGGGAAUAAAUAACUCGAUUAUAAUUUCUGCAUUAUCAUGUUUUAAAACUGUAAUAAUAAUUAUUACUAUUAAAUGAAUGAUCAUACAUAUUAUUAAAAUAUUUUGUUUGUUUUGUGUACAUUAAGUUUAUAUAAAUCUGAAGCAAUUAAGUGU